AUGCACGUCGCCCUGGCCAUCGCCGCGGCGUCUACUCGCGCUUCUGUGGAAAUGGCACCGUCCAAGUCGCCCGGCGCCUCGUCCGACCGGCCGCUGCCGACCGACACCUACCUCUCCGAGUACAGCAAGAUCUUUGACCACAUCGGCAUGCUGGAGGCUCGCUCCCGCUCGCAGCCCAUCUCUCCCACAGCGGCGGAUGCGCUUCACCGCUCUCGCACCUGGCCGCAGGACAUGCAGAGGAUGGCUGCCUACCACGACGCCAUCAAGCGGAACGCCGCAGUGCACUUCAAGGGCAAGGUCGUGCUCGACGUUGGGUCGGGGACGGGCGUGCUCGCCAUCUGGGCGGCGCAGGCGGGCGCGCGGCGCGUGUACGCCGUGGAGGCCUCGGGCGUCGGCGCUCACAUCCAGACGAUGGUCGAGGCGCACGGGCUGGCCGACACGGUGACGGUCCUGCGCGAGAGGGUCGAGCAGGUGGACGUGAUUGUGUCCGAGUGGAUGGGCUACUUCCUGCUGCGCGAGUCGAUGGUCGAGUCGGCAGCCGCCUCGCCGGCUCGGGUUGUGGCGAGGCUCGGACGCCGCGGCCUCACCGUCGCCGCCUACGAGCGCGAGCACCACGAGUACGCCUUCUCCGAGGCGUGGCAAGGCAUCCUCCCCGCCUCCCUCCUGCGCGACGAGCCGCAGGUGCUGCUCGAGGCGGACAUGCACUCGGUGACGCACGCGCAGUUCUUCGACUGGCAGACCGAGGUACAGUUCGCGCCGCCGCACGCCGACGAGCCGCAGCACGGCCUCUGCGGCUGGUUCGACGUCCGCUUCUGUGGCUCCGAGUCGCAGCCCGCUCACGAGUGCGUCGAGCUCGACACCUCGCCCGAGGCGCCGCCGACGCACUGGGCGCAGACCACGCUGCUGCUCGAGCGGCCGCUCGACGGGUCACCGCUCGUCGUCGCGCUCGCGCAGAACAGCGGCUUCCACCACGACCUCAACGUGACGGUCUCGUCCGGCGCGUGGAGCGCGUCGUAUGCUGUGACGGCCGACUUUCGCGGCGGCGAGGACUUCCUGGAGGACGCGGAGGCGGAGGAGGGGGAGGAGGGGGCGUAG